CUUUAGUAUUGUACUUCUGUAUAUUAUCGAAUUAAUAUGUAGAGGAGCAAGAUAUUAUACUUACUUUUUCGAAAGCUGUGUUGUAGAGAAGUGGCUAAAACAAGUUUCAUUGGAUUAAGUACAUUCAUCACUAAGAAAAUGUUAACUACUUCGACCGCAUUCACGGUGCUGGUGGCGACGGCUUUUGGGUGCUAUUUGUUUCCUAGUGACGUGCCGGACCCUUGCCGAGGAGUGACCUGUGGCCCUGGGGAGCUGUGUCGGCCUACUCCCGACGGGAAGAGUCACAACUGUGAAUGCCCCACGUCGUGCCCCAGUUAUGGGGACCAUGAAGGCUCUCGACCCCUUUGCGCCAGCGAUGCGAAAGACUACCCUGGCAUUUGUGAGAUGCGCCGCGCGGCCUGCGAAACAAACAAUAAUAUAACUUUUAAAUAUUACGGUAAAUGUGAUCCAUGUGCGGGUGUGACCUGCCCCGACCCAGAGGUCUGUCAACUGGACGAUCAGCGUGAACCCUUGUGCCGUUGCGCCGAACCGUGCCCGCUGGAGUUCUCACCAGUUUGUGCUUCUGAUGGGAAGACGUACUCCAAUGAAUGCCAGAUGCACAGGGAAUCUUGCCGAGCUAGGAAACAAUUGAAGAUCAUUUUCAAGGGGCAAUGCAGCUCUGGUGUAAACCCAUGUGCGGAAGUGGAGUGUCGUCACGGGGCGGAGUGUAGGGUGGAAGGGAGCGGAGCGGUGUGCGCGUGUCCACCGCCUUGUGAGCCCGUGUUACGUCCGGUGUGUGGGUCUGACGCCCGCACACACGAUAGCGAGUGUGAAUUGAAACGAGCUGGGUGCUUAUUGGGGAGGGAGCUGAAGGUUCUUCACGCAGGCGCUUGCGGUUCGAACGGCGUAUGCGCUGGUCGCGUGUGCCCGCACGGCGGCGAGUGUGUCUCGUCAGGUGGGCGUGGCGUGUGCCGGUGUCCGCGGUGCUCCAACGAAUUUGCUCCUGUGUGUGGCUCCGAUGGCAUCUCAUACGGAAACAGAUGUAAACUGCAACUCGAAGCAUGUCGCCAUCGUCGACAUGUACAAGUGCUGUACGAUGGGCCAUGUAAUGGCUGCGAAAAUAAAAAGUGUGAAUUUUACGCAGUUUGCGAGAGCGAUGGAGUUUCCGAAGCAAGUUGCGUUUGCCCUCAACAUUGUGAAGAAGGAACUGAGACUGAAGAAAUAUGCGGCAAUGACAAUAAAACCUACAGCAGCGUCUGCGCCCUGCGCGACGUGGCUUGCCGAGAGAAAAUAAGUCUUCAUAUCAAACAUAUGGGUUCUUGUGAAUCAUGUGGCGGCAUCCAAUGCCCCAACGGUAUGUGGUGUUCUCGCGGCAAGUGCGCGUGCGCGGCGACGUGCGCGGACGCGCCCAGGGAGCCCGUGUGUGCCGACAACCGCCGCACCUUCCCCAACGAGUGCUCCCUGCAGCGCGUGGCCUGCGAAGCGCGCAUGCGCGGCGAAACUGCUCCACAAGUUGCCUAUUUCGGGGAAUGCACUGGGAAUCACGAUCAAAAUAAUACUGCAGGGUUAAACCAAUCAGCCAAUGUAAUGGACCAAGGUAACGACAUUCGCACAUCAGACGAUACGGAAGGUUCAACCGAGCCUGCAUCAGGGACAGCCGUUUGCGCGCGCGUGCAAUGCGCAUACGAAGCGACAUGUGCUGUGGAUGGGAACGGUCAACCCCGAUGCGCUUGUCUGUUCGACUGCGCAGCGGCUGCUGCAGCUGCGUCUGCGCCCGUGUGUGCAUCUGACUUAAGGAUGUAUCCGACGUUGUGCCAUAUGAAGUUGGAGGCGUGUCGACGUCAGGAAGAUUUGAGAAUACGACCUCUGGCAUUAUGUCGGGGCUUGGAGUUCCGACCUUGUGGUGACGACGAGGCUCUAAUGGACGCAGGAGGCCGUCCGAUGGACUGCGGUGGCGGCCCGCAUCGCAAAGACUGCCCAGCUGGCAGCUAUUGUCAUCAUACUGCUAAAGCAGCGCGGUGUUGUAGAAAAGACAAAACAGUAGUGGACAAGAAGGACUGUCAAGAAUCGUGGUAUGGAUGCUGCACGGAUGGUAUCACGCCGGCUCGCGGGCCGGGAGGGUCCGGGUGUCCGUCGCAAUGCGGCUGUCACAGACUAGGCUCCGUGUCAGAGCUGUGUGAUGAAAGCGGACAGUGUCAGUGCCGGCCCGGCGUGGGGGGACAGAAGUGCGACCGAUGCGAGCCUGGGUACUGGGGCUUGCCGAGAAUUGGCACGGGGCACACUGGAUGUAUACCUUGCGGCUGCUCCGCUUUUGGAUCGGUGCGUGAGGAUUGCGAACAAAUGACGGGUCGCUGCGUUUGCAAGUCUGGCAUACAAGGUCAGAAGUGUACCGUCUGCUCCAACCAUGAACACACCCUCGGUCCCAAUGGAUGCUUCGACCCGGAAUCAACGCAACUUCCGGCCACUGACUGUGAACACAUGACUUGCUAUUUCGGAGCCUACUGCGUGAUACGAAGCGGACUCGCCACUUGUGAGUGUGGCGCUCCAGAGUGCGCGGCUACCGAGGCGCCUUCUGUGUGUGGCAGCGAUGGUCGAACCUACCUUUCCACUUGCCAUCUGCGAGCACACGCUUGUAGGAGCCAAUCCGACAUCGUAGUCCAGGCGUUCGGACCCUGCGGCGAUGACGCCCCGACCGUCAGGCGAGAGAAAGUACAUAUAUCUUCAAAGAAAAACGAAGGGGGAAGCGGGUGUAAUAAAAACGUUCCAAAGCAUAUUGAUAUCGAAAGCGAAACAGAGGAGGAGCAAUACAUAACAAAUGAGGUCGAGGAAAAUUAUCCAAUAUAUGAGGAGUACGUUGACGAAAAUGAAAACGAAGUAUAUACGACGCCGUUGUUCGAUGGGCAGGCCCGAAUCACUGCUCGCACUAGGUUGCCCGCUAAACGAUUCGAUAUUUGGGCGGAAGUGUCGGCCGUUUGUGGAAAGGGUGCUUUAGUAAGUGCCUCAGGUGUAAGAGAUUAUUUAUGGCUCGGUUUUGUAGACGAUAGGGCCGCACUGCGGUGGGACGCGGGAAACGGACCCUUGGAAUUGCGAUCGGCGAAAGUAAAAGUAGAUGUGAAAUCUAAAGUGUCUGCAAGGAGAUAUAAGAAAGAUGCCAUGCUGAAAUUAGGUUCGACUACUGCUAGAGGUUCGACGCAUGGACGGAUGAGUUCGCUGGACGUAGAUCCGUACAUUUACGUCGGUCAUCCACCAGACAAUGUUACAAAGUUGUCGGACACUCACGGCCUUCACGGGUUCGUGGGGUGCGUGCAUCGUUUGCGUGUCAGUGGCCGUGACGUCAUACCUCCCUCCCGCGGCCUGUCUAUCACCGCUCACGGGGUUCGACCUUGCACGCCGUACAAUCUUGCUCAGAUUGAGUGCCCUUGAUAUUAAAGUCAGGUUUAAAUAAUUGAUUGCAUACUACCGCAAGAGGCACAAGACUCAAGAGUCAUAUUUUUAGGGUUCCGUACCUCAAAUGGAAAUAGGAACCGUUCAUUGUCGGUCUGUUUGUCUAUGAAGACGCUUUUUCUCAAGAACUCGUCGAGUUAGCUUCCUAGUUAAAAUUGAUAUCAAGUACUCUUAAAAACAAGCUUUUCUAAGUUAACGCAAUCAAAAACACUUUGACACUCGCGAAUAAAUCAAAACCUACUAAUUCCCGUUUACCUACAACUACGAAAUUUGGUAAGAAGCAAGGUCUUCCAGCACAAUUAAAGAAAUACAUUCGAAAGUCAUUAAUUUGUAGUUAUAUCACAUAAAAAAGUUAUGAUUACAAUAAUACCAUUUGCAGUUGUCGCACGAGUCUGGUGUAUCGGACGUUAUGUUUGGCUCUUGCACCUUUUUCGGAUCUUGUAGUAUGCAAUCACUGAUUUAGAAGAUAAGGCCCAUCACGCACGGUCGACUAGUCGCCUGGCGACACAGUCGAUGGCGACCGUAAGAGUCUGUAAUUUAUAUAGACGACGCCGUGUGUAUGCGCACGAAGUCACGGCGACUGAGUCGCUGGGCGAGCAGUCGACCGUGCGUUAAUGGCUCUUAGUCAUGUUAUUAUAUAACAGACAAUUUAGAAAUAUUUUGUGAAACAUUAAUUGUAAGGGAUUGACAAGGGAUUGACGAAUUCAAUAGUAAUAAUGCAUAGUAGAUAAAGUUUUAUCAAAUGGAUAGGUACUAGUCCUGCUAAGAGUAAAAGUCCUACUUGUCUG